CCGCUGAGCUCCAAGUCUUCCGAAAACUUGUGCGCAGCGGUGGCCUCGGCGCGGCGGCCGAGGAUGGGGUGGUGCGGCCGCGGCUCCGGGCCGCCGCCGUCGCGGCUGCUGAUGCUGCUGUCGCUGCUGCUGGUGGUGUGUGGCGCUGGCGCGGCUCCGCGCUCGGCGCUCUACUCGUCCUCCGACCCGCUGACGCUGCUGCGGGCGGACACGGUGCGCCGCACGGUGCUGGGCUCCCGCAGCGCCUGGGCGGUGGAGUUCUUCGCCUCCUGGUGCGGCCACUGCAUCGCCUUCGCCCCGACGUGGAAGGCACUGGCCAACGACGUUAAAGAUUGGAGGCCGGCACUGAAUCUCGCUGCCCUGGACUGUGCUGAGGAGACCAACAGCGCAGUUUGCAGAGAUUUCAACAUCCCUGGCUUCCCGACCGUGAGGUUCUUUAAGGCCUUCUCCAAGACCGGCUCAGGAACCACGCUGUCAGUGGCUGGAGCUGAUGUGCAGACGCUGCGGGAGAGGCUCAUCGAUGCACUGGAGUCCCACACUGACACGUGGCCCCCGGCCUGUCCCCCACUGGAGCCUGCCAGGCUGGAGGAGAUUACUGGAUUCUUUGCAAGAAACAAUGAAGAGUACCUGGCCCUGAUCUUUGAAAAGGAAGGCUCCUACCUGGGUAGAGAGGUGACGUUGGACCUGUCGCAGCACCAGGGCAUAGCGGUGCGCAGGGUCCUGAACACGGAGCGUGAUGUGGUGAACAAGUUUGGUGUCACCAGUUUCCCAUCUUGCUACCUGCUGUCUCGGAACGGCUCCUUCUCCCGGGUCCCUGCGCUUACAGAAUCCAGGUCUUCCUACACCACUUACCUGCAGAAGUUUUCCGGGAGCACCAGGGGGGCUGUCCAGACCACAGCUGCGCCAGCCACCACCAGCGCGGUAGCUCCCACCGUGUGGAAAAUUGCAGAUCGCUCCAAGAUCUACAUGGCUGACCUGGAAUCCGCACUGCACUACAUCCUCCGGAUAGAAGUGGGCAAGUUCUCCGUCCUGGAGGGGCAGCGCCUGAUAGCCCUGAAAAAGUUCAUGGCAGUGCUGGCCCAGGUGAGCGGGGCCCCGGGGCCCCUCAUUCGGGGGCCCCCUCAUUCGGCAGCUCCACUUGGGGCCCAUGUGCAUCCCUGCAGGCAUGUGCUGUGCCCGCCUGGAGGAGUCAGCCCGGCCCCUCCCUCUGGAGCUCGUGGUUGGGUUCGGAUCUUUGGACCCACCAGCCGUCCCAGUCACACGCCCCCCAACCCCACGGGACAACCCCCUUCCCCUGUGCAGGGAGGUGGGUGGGACAUGGGGCCGGAUGCCCGGGGGAUAUUCCCAUUUGCGCACAUCUGCCUGCCUGAGUCCUCCACCUCAGGCCGAGCCUGGACUGUGGCCUUUCACUCCCUGUCAUGAUCAGUGGGAAACGAGAAGCCGUGGACCCCGCAGUGAAGGAAUGAAGGCUUCUCUGAGUCUCUACUUUCCCCUCUCAGGCUCAGAGUCAGAGGUAGCUCCCUGGCCUUAGCCAUGCCUUCCUCAUUCCUCUGUAGUCUCCUGCCAGCAUGGCUCCUCCUCGUAAGUAGCCAUGUAAGUGCAGCUGCUACUUACGGAGGACCUGAUGUGUAUCAGGCAUUUAAUCCUCUCAGUCUCACUUCAGGGUGGCGAGUACUACACCCCUUAGGAGGUGCAGGUUACCCAAGUGACCUGCCUUAGGCCUCCCGGGAGGAGGUGUCAUGGCCAGGGUUUGAACUGAGGUUCCAGGUUCAGUCCCCUGGAGAAGGAAAUGGCAACCCACUCCAGGAUUCUUGCCUGGA